UAUGGGGCCAGCGACUACAAAAGGACGUUGACGACCUAGAUUUGAGCAGCCACAGGAUCUCGAAUCAACCCGACAGAGAAACUAGAUCACGACAAGAACUUUGAACUUUCUUAAAUCAAUCACCAAAACAACCAUCAGAAUGACUGGCACCGAGCAACAGAAGGAGGGCGAGAAGCAAUUCUCCAUCCAACCCAUCAAGGAUGAGGCCAAGGACAAGGUCUCUGCUUUUAACGCUCAUCCCGGACCCGCCGUACCCAAGGAUAUGCCCCAAGAAGAGGGCACCAAGGAGGAGCGCAAGGCCAAGAUGGAGGCUCUGAACAAGAAAUAAGCGGUCGACUUCUGUGGCAGAAGUCGCUUUGUUGACAUGACUGUAUGACUGACUAUACAUGGAUUUGGGCCUGGGUUACUUUACGAUUUAUUUAUACAACACCAAGACAUUUUGUCAUGACUUGCAUUGGAAC